AUGAUGUCAGCAAUGAUCAGGAGCCACAUCAUGCUGCCGUUGAGCCUCGUUGCGACGGCAUCGGUGCUGGUCCUCUACAAGCACUGGCAGGAUGACCAAGGGGGUGAUCCGACCAAGACCUUCCUUUCCUUGAUUGUGGUGCAGAUGUUGCCACUGGUCUUCCUCGAGAAGAAGAUUCUCUCUUGUCCCGAUCCGGUGAGCAUGCUCUCUCACUUCGGGAGCAAGGUGCUGUUGAUGCACGGCUGCUUUCUGGGCUUGCGCAUCUGCACGUGGCCACUACUUGAGGUUGGCAUUGGGGUGUGCAACCUGAUCGGAUUCGUGGCAGUGUGCGCAGCUUUGUUCUUUGGCUUUGGAUUCCGAGCAUCCUCGCUGUUGCAGCAGAUGGACUUGCUUGGACUGGUGGCUCUGGGCAUUGGGGGUGCCUUCCUUACAGAGGUCGUGGACUUUCACAAUCACCAGACGUUGUUGGAAGGCACCAUCUUCACCUCCGCGAACUACAUUGAAAUCCUGGCCUUCGUGCCAGCUGUCUGGAUGGUUCAUCAGACCGCCAAGAAAGGGGAAGACUGGAGCAGCAUCAGCGGAGCAACCCGUGAAAGACAGGCCACGGCUUUCUUCUCGUUCUUAGUCUGCUUCUACAUCCUCGAGGACCUGGUGUCUGCGUACCGGCUCAUGGGCGUGGAAACCAUGGGAGCUGCAGGCCACAUCGUGCACUUCCUGCUGCUAUCCGACUUUGCUUGCUUCUUGCUCGCCCACAUCUACAAUCCAGACAAGUUGUCUGGAGGGUCUGCUAAGGUGGUGGGGCCCCGAGCAGAACUUCGUGUGAGGCCGCAGGCCCAGGGGGGCAAAGCACUUUGGGUAUGA